AAUUGGGUUUUGGCGGUUAUAAAGGAAACAGUCUUUUCUUCUCUUUUCUAAUUUCUGGUGAGAGCUUCUUUCCUCAAUUCUGAAUCUAAGUGUUGAGAGUAUCCAUGGCGGAUGAGAUUAGAGGGGAAUCACGUCGAGAACCCAAUUCUUCAAAGUAUGUGAUAUUUAGAAAUGAGUUUGUGGAUGACAUGAUGUUUGGAUUUGAUAGGGUUGGUGAUGGUUUUGACAAAGCAAAAUCUCAAGUAAGGGCUGUGUAUGAUCAAGCUGUGGGUGAUAUUGAUUUUUCUAUCGCCUACAUCAAAGCUGAAUUAACCGAGUUGGAGAGUAUGUAUAGUGGUCUCAGGAAGGAUUAUCUUUCUUAUCUGAAUGAAGCUGAGAGAAAAAGGGAAGGGUUGAGGUUUGAGAUCACCGUAACCAGAAAUCCAGCCACCGAUCACAGUCUUAAGAUCUCAAAUACUCAAUUAACUGAAAACCCCAUCAUCCGUGAUCAUGACAGUGAGUUCUUCAAUGAAUUUGAUACAAUUGCUUUUGAUGAUCAAGACAAUCCUUCUUCUACAGAUCCAACACAGAAAACCUUUCUCUCAACUUCUCACUCCGAUCUAACACAAAACACCGAUAUCUCAACAUCUCACACAGAUCUUGAUCAAGAAAAUCCUUCUACGGAUUUAACACAAAAAGCUCUCUCAACUUCUCACUCCGAUCUAACACAAAACACGGGUCUCUCUACAUCUCACACAGAGCUAACCGUAGAGAAUCAAAACCCUGAUCAAAAUGUAGAGAAUCAACAGCCUGAGAAUCAAAGGCGAAAGAAAAAGCAGAGUAAGGAGCUGGUUGUCCGUACGACAGGAGCUGUGACUAGAAGCCUAAAGAAGAUUGUAGAUGCUCGUACCAGACUCGAAAAAAUGGCCGUAGCAGCAGAAUCUGAAGCAGCGCGUCUAGUAAAUGCCAGGAGUACAUCUAAAACCACAAGAAGGAAAUCACGGGUUCGAGUGGUGCCUCAAAUUCAACUCAAUGAGAAUAUAUAAAUCAACAACAAAAUCAUGUGAAUCAAGUACAGAAUCUGCUCAAUCAACAAAACCUGCAACCAAAUCAACAACAAAAUCUUCUCAAUCUGCAAGAUCAGCAGCAAAAUCUAGAGGACAACGACAUAAAUCCUGAUGAUCCACCAAAUCUAGAGGUUAAUGUUCCACGUUUUCCUCACCAACUGUUUGAUUUGUUGAAUUCUGGUCCUGGCUACAUUAAGUGGUUCGGAGUUGCUUCUUUUGUGGUACCUUCCAUUAUAGCGUUUAAUCAGCAGCACAACCCAGCCAUUAUUGGAAAUUGGGAUGCUAUUAAAGACCAACUCAGAAAUCAUGAUUUUUGUGUGCAUGAAUGUGUGGAAGACACGGCCCGAUUUCACCGUAAAUACUUCACUAAGUUCUCGAAAGCUGAGCAUCUGGAUU